AUGGGUGCGAAGUGCUCAGUUGUGUCUUCGAUCUCGCUGGGGUUGGAGAUGAAAAUGGUGGCUGCAAAUGUCUUCGAUCUAGAUGAAAACGGAGGCCCAAAAUCAGCUGGGAGAGGAACGAUUGUGAAGCUCUAUCUUCGACCUAGCUGGGGGGAAACCCUGAAGGAAUACAUAGCUGAACUGGAAAAACUGGCAGUUAAAAGUCAUGGAAAUGACGAGGUUAAAGGGCUUCAAAUUCUGAAAGAUGGGAAGUGGAUUGAUGAGCCAAUGAAAAAUGCAAUAGUCAUAAACACUGGGGAUCAGAUUGAAUUCCUCAGUUAUGGAAGUUACAAGAGUUUUUGGCACCGGGUUUUUGCCUUGACCAAUGGGAAUCAGAGAUCACCUGCUUCAUUCUACAAUCCAUCACUCAAUGCCAACAUAGGACCUGCUCGAACUUGUUGA